AUGGCCAUGACACUUCCGCGCCGGGGAUGGCAGGUGCUAGCACUUGUGGUCGUUGCCCUUGUGUGUUGGAGGCGAGGGAGCGGAGCUCACGAGGAGGCCAGGGCGAAGAGCGCUUGUCUUACCAAGGCCGACAAGGCUGCCUGGCAGGGUGGCGGUCGCGCCGCCUUCCUGCAGGAGAUUGAUGUCUGCGGCCAACGAUGUGUGGGACGCGCGGCGUGUGCAACGAACUGCAUGGCCAAGCGGGGAUACGGCUCGCUUCCCAGAGCACCGCUCGCUUCCCAGUGGUUGCGUGGUGUCCUGAGGCCAGGCCUGUGCAGAAUGCUUCGGCGGUCUGGUCAGCUGCACUGCGACCAAGUGCUGGCUGCCGCGGGCCUUGCCACCCUGUGUCUGAACAGUGCUUUGACAGCUGGCCAAGUGGACGUCACAUACACGCUCAUGGAGGAACUGAAAAGGGAUAUGAGCUUCCUUGAUCCAGCCAUCAUGUGUAUGCGAGUGACAUUGCCGGGCAAGGGUGUUCCGGCUGGCUGGCGAUUGAGGAUGUCCAAGCGGGAACUGGGUGAUGUACUGUCCAAAGCAUACCGUGCAUGGCCUGGUUCAGUGACCUUGACCUUCGAAGCGCCACCAGAAACAGAUGAACUCGAAGGUUUGUCUCCCAGAUCUGCGGAUGGCGUGCGUCUGGCAAAUUCAUGCUACGAGGGAGACAUAGAGACGGUCCACGCUUUACUGGCAGAAGGCGUGGACCCAGAUAUUUGUGUACGGACGAAAGGGCACAACUCGCCAUUGAAUUUGGCCGCUCGUGGCGGGCACGUGGGCAUCAUGCAAGUCCUCCUGGAUCGAAGAGUAGAUCCUAAUUCUCGCAACGAUUUCAAGGAGACUCCACUUCUUUGUGCUGCCAACCGCGCGAGGGGAAGCGUUUGCCGGCUCUUACUACAUUGGCGAGCUGAUGUCCAUGCAGUCGACGAGAAUGGAGACAAUGCUCUCGACUUUCUCGGCCCAGGCUUGGACUUUGUGCGCGGUGCAAGAUGCCGUAUUUGGCAGUUUCUUGGCUUCCGGCCAGGUGCCGUUUGGGCCGGCGUUGAGUUCCCCGAGGGGUACAACCCGCACGUGCAGGCCAUGCGCUUGACGAUGGAUCCCAUCCCAUCCGAGCAUCGCCCGAUGUUCUACUACAUUGUGACGGCCCUCGCACUUCCGGUCGUGACGUACUGCAACCUUGAAAGCUUGGGUUUUCGGAAGCACAAGAGUGGUACACUUCAGUACUGGCUUCGUCGUGGCAGGGGCAAGAGUGCAGAGCCCCCAAUCGUCUUUUGCCACGGGGUGGGAGUCAACUUGCUGCCAUACGAGCACUUCAUCACAGAGCUGCUGAGGCAAGUGCCGAAGGGCAAGACUAUCUUCCUGGUAUCCUUGCCGCACAUCUCGAUGCGAAUCAAUGAGGAUGUGCCUUCCAGUGCCGAGAUGGUCGCCUGCCUCCGGGACAUGCUUGCCAGCUGGGAAUUCGACUCGGCUCACUUUGUCGGCCACUCCUUCGGUUCCAUCGUAGUUGCCUGGAUGUGUAAGAACUCCAAGGAGACUGUCAAAGUUGCAACUUUCUUGGAUCCAGUCUGCUUCCUUCUCAUCAAGCCAGAUGUUUGCUACAACUUCAUGUACAGGCGGCCGGAGACGCCCACGCAGCUGCUGAUGCACUACUUCGUUGCUCGCGAGCUCUUCAUCGCGCAUAGUCUGUCCCGGAACUUCUUCUGGUAUCAGAAUUUGCUGUGGCCUGAGGAGCUGGUGAUGCCUACGCUGGUGAUGCUGUCCGGCGAGGACUCCAUUGUUCCAGCGCAUUCUGUACGACGCUAUCUGACCGGCUGGCUGCAGCAGCAAAGCACAGAUGCCUUGAGGCUGCUUUGGUUUCCAAACUUGGGGCAUGGGGAGAUGAACUUUGGCCCAGUCGGGCUUGCCGCAGUCAAGCGCAUUGUGGCGGAGAUGAUGGCCCUGGAGGCCAAGCUUCAAGUAGGGCGCCGCAGGGGGGAAACGUUUGUUGAAUUGCCUAGCGGCCAAGUGCCGAGGAACGGAGCGAUGCAAGAGCCGCUCUCGCCAACAUCCAAUCUGAUCUGCCAGUCCUUGCAGUGCUCUCCUCCGAUCGCCGUGGUUCAUGAGCCGAACCUUCGGAGACCCUCCAGCAAGGCUUCGUCAGGAUUCGACCCACUCAACAAGGGUCAUGGAGCGACUCUGCUGACGCACGGCAGCAUCGCCAGGGCUGCGGCGGACAUGGUUCUCAGACCAUUAUCAUCUGGUGACAUAAAGCCCUCGCGCAGAGGUUCGAAAGAUGUGGCCGGCGGGUACUGCGACGAGCAGGCGGAGAAAAGCAGUCCGUCUGUCUAG